CAUGAAAGAGCUUAACAAAACAUUCAAACAAAUUGCAAUAGCUAUGACAAAUGAUAGUGAUUUAUUUGAAUAUGACAAUGAAUAUGAAACCGAAACAUAUAAUAAUACUGAAAUAAUUGAUUUAGAUAAUAAUCAAUUAGAUAUUAUUAACAGUAUUGAUUUAACUUCUACUUUAUUAAGCAAUAACAAUAUUGGAAAUUUGAACCAAGAAAAAGAAAUCGAAAUCGAACAUGGAGAUAUAGAAUUUAAUGUUGACGAAUUGGUUGAAAACUUUAUUGAAAAAUAA